AUGGAUCAAUUCGGCAACAACAUGGAAGACUUUAGUGAAGGUGGAAAUGAUUUUCUGCAGAACAUGCUGUACGAAGAUCGAUCCAAUAAUGACUCGAGUGGAUUAGAUGCUGAUGCCUUGUUGCGAGAAGCUUUCAAUCGAUCAGCGACCUCACUGGGUUCCGAUCCAUUGCUGAAAGAUGGAGAAGACGAUGUGAUGAUGGAUGCGGGAUUUGACAAAAGUCCUUUCUUUGCAAAGAGUCCAUUGAAGAGCCCGGAAAUCAUGAGUAAACUACUACAAAAGAGCGGAUUGCCAGAUUUAGGGAGUCUGACUCCUGGUACUGGUACUAGUGGUAAUGCGGUUUGGGGGUCAUCGGCUCCGGACAAUCAAGGGUCCUUUGGGCAACAGCAGAAUUUCUUUUCUCCACAGCAAGGAAAUAAACCACUGAACGCCACUCUGGAUGCCACACCGCUAAGUUUAUCGCUAGGGAGAGGCGGAGGAGGCAUGUCAUCCAACAAUAACAAUUUUGGAAACAACAACAACGUCAACAGUAAUAACCCGUUUGGAGGAGGAAGUGGGGGUAUGGCUAGUAACAAUAGUUUUGGAAUGGGGUUCGGCAAUUCCAUGCGGCGAAAGACUUCCAACAACAAUAUGACCAAUGCCAAAUUUGGGGGCUCGGUCAUAAAGGCUAGCAUAAGUUCCAACAAAAUGAGAGCCCAUAAGAGUGAUGGUUUACUGGCACGAGCCUUUAAACAAAAGUACAAUUCCAACAACCAGUUGAACAAGACGAAUAACAAUGCGGAGAUGACAGUGGCUGCUCAGAUCCCGCGGAAUGCCAUUUCUUCGUAUGUACCCGAUUCCGGUAAUCCUAGUGGUCCCACUCCUACCUUUGGUAAUGCUUCUACGAAUCAGGGAGGACAGAAUGCCAGCUGGGGUUCGCAACCGGGUCCAUCCAACAGUACCAAGCAAUCACCCUUUUCCAAAUUCUUGGCGGAAAAUUCCAGUGGACGCAAGAACGAUACAUCCAUGAUGCCCAACAAUAAUUACCAGCAGCAGCCAAAGCAGGAUACCUUUGGAACGGUACGAUUCAACACCAAUGCCAAUUCGAAGUCUUCUUCCACGAUGCACGAUGCUUUGCGAAUGUACAAGAAACAAUCCAAAACACAAUCUGCUUUGCGCCAGUCAUCACAGUCAUCAUUACGGAAGCACUCACAGUCUGUGGCAACCUUUGGAAAGACGAACAUAGAAUCACUCCUUCCACCCCAGCAUACCUCUGGUUUCAGAAGCUUUGGCACGGGGAACCAGAAUUUCUCCUUCAAUCUCAAUCGAAAUACCCCAAAUAACACAACUCCAAUACACAAGGAUGCUGAUGCACCCAGCCUGCUACAUCAAUCUUGUCGCUUGUAUCCAACCACCGCCGCAGUUAUGGAAUCCGCCUUGCGGAUGGAUCCUGAUGCGGUGCGCAAGCCCAUCACGCCAAUACUGGAAAAGGGGCAGGCCAAGAAACUACAAAAUACCUACGGUUACCCUUUGAACAUUGCUCUGUCGCAUGGUGGAAGCUUGGAGGUCCUCAAAAUGCUAGCGGAAGCGGCUCCAGAAAUUUUGCUGGAAAAGGACGGGACAGAUGGAUCGAGAUCCUUGGGAAUUGCAGUCAUGGCCAACUAUGACUGGUCCAUUAUUAGUAUGCUUUUGAGGACAAACGUCAAGUGCAUUCAAGUGGCGGAUCGAAGAGGGAAUUAUCCGCUGCACAUUGCCGCCAAUCAUGGUCUUUCUUUGGGGAUUGUCAAGAAACUCUAUCGUCUAUUCCCCAAAGCGUUGCAAAUGAGAAAUUUCCAUUCGGAAACGCCUCUGGACAUUGCCCAACGAUCCACGCGUUGCUCGGAAGAAGUCAUGAACUUUUUGCAAGCAGCGGCCUUUUCGGGUCUGGAAAGUGCGGCCAAUCACAUGCAGACUCUGGAAAUGGACGAUCUCAUGGAAACCAACUUAUAA